AUGGCUCAUUUACUGUUUUUCCUUGUUACUUUCUUGCUUGCCUCCGUCGCCAAUGCAUUCCACCUCCGUGAGGUCUACCAAUUCCCCAAUGGCACCCGGGCGGAAAACAUCGCCGUCCUCUCUAACGGCAACCUCCUAGUGACUUUUGCGAGCACCCCCGAGCUAUGGGAAGCUAUCCCAUCGGCUCAACCCGGAGCCACACAGGUACGGCGUCUCCACCAUUUCCCCAACGCUGAAAUGGUAACCGGAAUUGCAGAGCUCACUCCAGACGUGUAUGCCGUUAUAACACCUAAUACCGUCUGGAAAGUGGAUUUGAACAAUGGCACGAAGAACACUCCAACGCGAAUCGUGACACUCCAGUCCGCCAGAACGCUCAAUGGCAUGGCGGUGUUGGACCCUGAUACUCGAACGGUGGCCAUCUCUGACUCUAAGGCUGGAUUGGUCUGGCGUCUUGAUACCAACACCGGAAACUAUACCGUGAUACUGAAAGACGAGACCAUGGCCGCGAAUACAAAGGAGGGUGCCUUGCUCGGGAUCAACGGAUUGAGGGUACACGAUGGCCAUGUCUACUAUGUCAACACACCGGAACGACUUUUCUGCCGUAUCCCAGUGAACACAACGACUGGUCGAGCAACUGGCUCUCGCGAAAUGAUCAGCCAAGGCGCACUGGCAGAUGACUUUGCCAUUAGUCGCCAGGGAGUUGGAUAUCUUGCUGGUCUUACGGAUCAUGUCAUUACCCGGGUUUUCGUGAACGGGACACAGGAAGUGAUUGCGAACUCGAGUGCUCUAAUGUCGGCUACGUCGGGGGCAUUUGGACGGCUUGGUAGCUCAGAUGUUCUGUAUAUCACGACUGGAGGGGAGACAUCACAUGUGGUCAAUGGUACGAGUUCGAGGGGAGGGAAAGUACAGGCGUUGUCUCUCGGGCCCUAG